UCUAGCCAUAGCCGCUAUAAGUCUCUAUAAACCUCUCUUUCAUCAACCCUGAAACAGAGCCACCACCAUAACCAAAACAAAAAGAUGGCAGUGUCCCAUGUUGUUUAUACCAAUGGACACAAAAAAGAAAAUGAUGAAUUUGAUGCUAGUGCUCCUCCUCCAUUCAAGAUAGCAGAUAUAAGAGCUGCAAUCCCAAGGCAUUGCUGGGUCAAGAAUCCAUGGAGAUCCCUCAGUUAUGUUCUAAGAGAUUUGGUUCUUGUUGCUACAUUGUUAGCUUCAGCAAUUCACUUCAAUAGUUGGUUCUUUUGGCCAAUCUAUUGGCCUCUUCAGGGAACAAUGUUCUGGGCACUCUUUGUUCUUGGUCAUGAUUGUGGGCAUGGAAGUUUUUCAAACAAUGCAAAGCUGAAUAGUAUUGUGGGCCAUAUAUUGCACUCCUCAAUUCUUGUACCAUACCAUGGAUGGAGAAUUAGCCACAAGACCCACCACCAAAACCAUGGACAUGUUGAGAAUGAUGAGUCAUGGGUUCCAUUGCCAGAGAAGAUCUAUAAAAGCCUAGACAAUGUGACCAAACUCAUGAGAUUCACUGUACCUUUCCCUAUUUUUGCUUAUCCCUUUUACUUGUGGAGAAGAAGCCCUGGAAAGGAAGGUUCUCAUUUCAAUCCAUACAGCAAAUUGUUCUCACCAAAUGAGAGAAAAGAUGUUAUGAUUUCAACAAUGUGUUGGGUUGCCAUGUUUUCUCUGCUUCUCUUUCUGUCCUUCAUUGUCACUCCACUUUCCAUUCUCAAGCUCUAUGGAAUCCCUUAUUUGAUCUUCAUCAUGUGGCUUGAUUUUGUCACAUACUUGCAUCACCAUGGUUACAAGCAGAAAUUACCUUGGUACCGUGGAAAGGAAUGGAGUUAUCUAAGGGGUGGCCUUACAACGGUGGAUCGUGACUAUGGUUUGGUUAAUAAUAUUCAUCAUGAUAUUGGCACUCAUGUGAUCCAUCAUCUUUUCCCUCAAAUUCCUCACUAUCACUUGCUUGAAGCGACAGAAGCAGCAAAGCCAGUACUUGGAAAGUAUUACCGGGAGCCAGAGAAAUCUGGGCCACUUCCAUUUCAUCUCAUAAAGUAUUUGCUACAAAGCAUUGGGCAAGAUCACUAUGUCAGUGACAAUGGAGAUAUUGUUUACUAUCAAUCUGAUCCUUACCUUCUCAACAACAAUAACAAGUCCAACUAGUAUACCUUAUUUUAUUUAAAUGCUUUUUAUUCUUGUUAAUUUCAUCUAUACGAGUUUAAUGCUAGGUGGCCACAUGAUUUUGCUUCUAUUUUUCAGUGAAAUGGGUCUCACUCUCUGAUUUAUUUCAUUUACUACAAUGGGACACACAAGAGUAUAGUUGGCGUCAUUGCUAAGAAGUACUUGUAAUAACCUAAAAUGGUAAUAAAUAUUUGAAUUGUCAGCUUCA